AGUGACUGUUAUCAGGACCGUCCUUAACAGAGCAUCACGCUGGUCACAUGUCCAGCUCGCGCAACUGUGGGAAACUUACCUAUGUAUUCCACAGUCGUCAAAGGCCCUGUCGCCUACUUGGCUUGGGUAACCACUUCAUAUUUGUGUCACCUCUCAACGAAAUGUUUCUUGACAACCUCACAAAAACAUGUUCCCUGGAUCCCCGGCCUUGUCUGGGCGUGUCUGGCUACAUCAUCACAGAUGGGUCUCUGUCUCCUGUUUAUCAAACAGGCUGUCCAAAACAACGCCCCUACCAGCGGUGUAAGGCGCCACCUGCCGGCCCUCGGCCACCUCGUCGGGACACUCUGUAGUAACUGUAGCAUGACAUUCUUAGAGGCUUCCUCAACCAUUGCCAUCAGACUCAUGGAACCUAUCACAACUGCCCUUUUAGAUGCAUUAGUAUACAGAACAUCACUUCCAGUGUCGGUGCAAACCAGCUUACCAUUGGUCGUGAUUGGGUGUAUCAUUUUCACUGGUCAGUCCUUUAAAAACAUCGAUCACCUAUCGGGGAUAAUAUUUGCACUUAUGUCAAAUUUAGGUUUUGGUUUGAGGAACAUUGCCAUAAAAAAUAAAGGCGAAUGUGAAAUUAAAGUGCGUUCACGCCACGCACUGAUCUUCAGUUUCUUAGCAUGGACGUCAGUGGCCAUUUUGGAUAUUCAUAAACUCGGACCUGGUAUGCAUGUUGUGUUCCUUCUCUCGUCAUCAACAGAGUUUCACGUGUUGUACUCGUCCCUGUCGACGUGUGUGGUGCUUAAGGAGGUGUCAGUUAUCACACAUGCCGUCCUUAACAAUCUGAAGCGGCUCCUCGUAGUGAUGUUUCUAGUGUUGGCUGGAUCGAGGUCCCUGUCGCUCUCAAACCUUGGAGGACUUACUUUAGCAGUUUUGGGCCUUGGAAUAUAUACUAUGGGGAAGGAUACCUCAACAGGUUUAAGAGUUGAAACAGGUCUCAAGUAUCGAAAGCAAAUACUGUUUCUUCUACUGGCACUAAGUUGCGGAGUAUGCACAACACUAAGUCUUUCAGUUCAACCAGACAAACGGGAGCCUUAUGAAAAGCUAAAAAUAAACACCUCUCAUUGGAUGUCUGUCCUCAACAGGCUAGACAACAUCACUCACGUCCGUCCAAGCAUACAACCAUCUCCAAACGCUUUCCAAACCUACCAGAAAUGGAAUUUAGUGGAUCAUCCUAACAAGACAGAUUUCUACCUACCUUUCUUAACCAAAAGCAAUGAUCUUAUCACUGAGAUGCAACGUGUGCAGGUCAACAUAUUCCAAACUCUUCUAAGAAAUUAUAAAUAUGCAUUUCUGUUUGACAUUAACGCCUUUGAGAACAAAGGAGACCCUGCCAUAACCGUCGGCGAAGUUUAUCUCCUGAGACGCCUGGGCAUUCAGCUCGUAUACUACUGUAACACGUGUGUGUGUGAGGAAAGUGGGAUCCUGGAUAAAGCCCUCUCGUUAAGCAGAAACUACAGUAGAGAGAACACAGUUGUGUUGCUGCACGGAGGAGGCAAUCUCAUUGGCUAUUUACAAAACGACGUUCUUCGGGACCAGAUUCUAAGCCGUUUUUAUGAGCAUUUUAACAUUUUGAUGUUCCCACAAAGUAUAUGGCUAAAAGGAGGUCACCUCCCCGCGCACAGAAUGGUGUAUGUGAAAGAAAUUUACCAAAAGUAUCCAAAUAUUACAUUCCUUUUAAGAGACAGGAAGUCCUUUGCUAUAGGACGAGAGCUCUUUCCGAGGCAAACGCUGUUCUUAGUGCCAGACAUCGUGUUUCAAAUAGGAUCUAUCCCUAGGUUUAUGUCUCCAAUAUACGACAUACUGUGGCUCCGACGGGCUGAUGAUGAAACACCCAACUACACCAUCCCGUCCUUAAUGGGGCCUUACACUGUACACGUGGCAGACUGGACAUCAUUCAUAUCACCUAAAGGCGAGACGUCCAUGGAGAAUGCCUUUCUUCACACCAGUACUGGCGCCAUGUUUCUUCAGAGAGGGCGAGUGGUCAUUACUGACCGUCUGCACGGACAUAUCCUCUCCACACUGUGCGGAAUCCCCCACGUCAUGCUGGACAAUCCUGCGCGAAAGCUGACGUCAUUUCACGAGACCUGGACGAAAGGCUUGACCACAUCGUUGAUGGCCAAAUCCAGUGAACAGGCAUUGAAGCUAGCUGUUGAUAUUCUGGAAAAACGAAACCAUUCUCUGCCCGGACUCAUAGCUUAUAACGACGUGAGAGAACAUUUACCUUGAAGAACUACUAGAAAGGAAGAAACAUAGUAUUUCACUAUCGGUCCGAGAAGAACAGACUAGUCAAAACAGAAAUGCGGCACAUUAUUCGAGCAGAGGCCAUAUAUCGGUAAUCAUAUGUACAUGAAACAUACUAAACACAUACGUUAGACAUCCUUCAGACAUUAAUCAGACGUAAAAUAGACAUAUACGUAAGACAUCCUUCAGAGAACUAUCAGACAUAAGCUAUACAUCUACAUUAUACAGCCUUCAGACAAUUAUCAGACAUCAGCUAUACACAUACGUUAUACAGCCUUCACACAAUUAUUAAACAAAAGCUAUACACAUACGUUAGGCAUCCUUCAGACAAUUAUUAAACAAAAGCUAUACACAUACGUUAGGCAUCCUUCAGACAAUUGUUAAACAAAAGCUGUACAUCUACAUUAUACAUCCUCCAGACGAUUGUUAAACAAAAGCUAUACACAUACGUUAGGCAUCCUUCAGACAAUUGUUAAACAAAAGCUGUACAUCUACAUUAUACAUCCUCCAGGCGAUUAUCAGACAAAAGCUACACAUCUACAUUAAACAUCCUCCAGACAAUUGUUAAACAAAAGCUACACAUCUACAUUAUACAUCCUCCAGGCGAUUAUCAGACAAAAGCUACACAUCUACAUUAAACAUCCUCCAGACAAUUGUUAAACAAAAGCUGUACAUCUACAUUAUACAUACUCCAGACAAUUAUCAGACAUAAGCUAUACACAUGCGUUAGACAUCCUUCAGGCGAUUAUCAGAUAAAAGCUAUACACAUACGUUAGACAUCCUUCAGACAAUUGUUAGGCGUAAACUAGACACGUACGUUACACAUCCUUCAGACAAUUAUUAGACAUAAGCUUUUCAUAUGCAUUAUACAUCCUCCAGACGAUUAUUAGGGGUAAACUUGACACAUACAUUGGACAUCCUUCAGACAAUAAUUAGACGUAAGCUAUACACAUACGUUAGACAUCCUUCAGACAAGUGUGUGUGGGUGUGUGUGUAUGUGUGUGUGUGUGUGUGUGUGUGUGUGUGUGCGUGCGUGCGUGCGUGCGUGCGUGCGUGCGUGCGUGCAACAUCACGAUUGUAAAGUGUUCUGUGGGACUUGUGCUAGCCUCUGAUACUGGCAUCGUAUACACCUGGUGUAACAAUGAUUCGUUAUUCAUGACAGUUAUUAAUCCAGACAAUUUGAGUUGAGGACGCCAUCGCCCAUAUAAUAGGUUUUUACUGUAUAUGAAAUAAUAGUUAUUAUCACAUCGGCUACCACAACAUCUAGGAUCGUCUUUGAAACCUUUCCAAUAUAAACUAUCCUUUAACACAUUAUCACCAUGCCUUACCUAGAUUUUCCUUCUCAAAACAUUUGAUAAAUACACCAAGGCAUGUGUGUUUCUUGGGUGUUGGCUGUCCUUGAAAAUAUAUCAUAUAAGAGCUGGCUUGUAGGUUGUAUAAGAACCAAUUGUGUAUGUCAAUAUAUCUCUGAGAUAUGUAUUAUUUGAUUAUGAUGCAUUUUGUGAAAUAGGGUCAAUUUACGUUUUCUUCCAAAAAUAUUCUAGAGGCUCAUAUCCCGAUUGUAAAGUGUUCUGUGGGACUUGUGCUUGCUUCUGAUACUGUUACAGAUUCAUGAUGAGUAAAUUAAUAUGGUUUCAUCUCGCAUCAACAAUUGUUUCAGUUGUCUGCAGCAAAACAAUAAUGAUAGAUUAAUAUCAUUUUACCUAUUUUCGUCAUUUCUAAAGUUACUCCCAUAGUUGCCUUUAAUUUGUUGUAAUCAUCCCAAGAUUACUCUUACGUUACAGACUUUAACUUGAUUCUAAUGAAUGGAUGGUUUAAUAAUUGUAAUAUAUCGUUAAUGCUCAACACCAUUUACAGUAAACAUGUGGCAAUGAAGAUGGAGGCCAAAUGUAAGAAACAAAAUUCGUUUGAAUUGGUUACCACAAAGCUGUUUAGUUCAAAGAAAACUGCUA